AUGAUGGAUCGAGAAGCGUCAGAAGAUGAAAAUGCUGUUGAUGAGACAAGUUAUUUUUGUUAUAAGGCUUACAUUAAGAUGGGUGGUUAUGCUAUCUUUAUUUUAUAUUCGGUCGUAGGAAUUAAGCGAUUGUGCGAGCAUAUAAAUCAGUUGUUAUUCCUGGAUCGAUGCACCUCAUGUCGCUUGUAUCAAGAAAGAACUGCUGGAUUAUUUUGGGGUCUAUCUGAGUUAUUUCUGUAUGGAUUGGCGCCAUUAUCAGCGCUUCUUGCACUAAUUCAUGCUGAUUUCGAAUGGCUUUUUCCAACUUAUGCCAUGCGAACACUUUUUCCAAGCUUUGUGCUUAUUCUGCCAAUACUAUUUACCAUUCUCUCCUAUAUUUUAUAUUGGCUUAUUGAUCUCAUAAUUGAUGUACAACAAGUUUCGGAUAACUUGCUCGAUAUGGAGGUAUGGAAACGAUGCAUUUGGGCUAGCGCGAUGUUAAUUACUAAUAUUUAUGCUGUACUGCUUGCAGUUGUCGUCUUACAACUAAUCUACUAUCAACAUUAUAUAGUUAUCGAAGAACAGAUUGUGCGUGAACAACAAAACAUAAUAAAUGAAGGAAGAGUUCGGUAUCUUCGUUAUGGACGUCAACGUCGACGUCAAUUCAUUAAUCAACCACCAAAUGCCGGAAUUCGACAAAAUCAUGAAGAAUUAAAUAAUAAUCAAGCAAAUAUUGAAAAUGUUUAA